UUGCUAAGUCAAACCCCAGAAAACUAAAAGCCAAUUUCAUCAUCGGCAUCACCUCUUCUCUCAUUCAUAUGCUCUUUUCCCUUCUUCCCCAAGACCAAAUCUAAAAUUCCAAAUCACAAAUAAAAAUCCCACGGAACGAACUAAUUCCUCAAUUUUGAUUAACUCUUAAAACCCUUCCAAAACCCCUGAAUACCAACUGUAUCCCCAAUUUUCUUAUUCCUAAUUUUCAUUUUUUCAUUUCCACAAAACAAAUUCUCAUUCCUUUUAACUGUCUUUUCUUGAUCCUUAGAAUUUCUACUAAAUUACCAAUAUGUCCAACUCAGGCGGCUUUGCUGUGACUCGUACUCACUCCGGGGACCGAUUCUACAACCCACCUGCGAUGAGACGGCAACAGCAGUUGCCCUUGCAGCAGCAGCAGUUACAGAGGCCGUUGCGAAAGGAGACUCGAGUCGACUCGGCCGAGGCAGAGACUCGGACUGACUCCCACAAGUCCACAUUGUCCAGGCCUAUCUCGGCCUGCUCACCGUCGGCAGCUUAUUCACCAAGAAAUGCCGACAUGACUAAUUUGGAUCGGCUCAUGGAAUCCGUCACUCCUUAUGUUCCGGUUCAGUACUUGUCCGAGAGGAUGAUGAGGGGAUCGAGAACUCGUGGAGGUAAUAUUAAUCCAGUCUUUAGUCUUGGGGAUCUGUGGGAAUCAUUCAAUGAAUGGAGUGUGUAUGGAGUAGAAGUGCCACUAUUGUUGAAUGGAAGUGACUCUGUUAAACAAUAUUAUGUUCCAUUCUUAUCAGGCAUUCAACUGUAUGCAGACCCACGGCCGAGAAGGCCUGGUGAAGAUAGUGAUGCUGAGUCUUCUAGGGAGACAAGUAGCGGUGGAAGUAGUGUCUGUGAAGCAGAAAGGCACGCAAAAGGGGUUGUUGAUGGAGGACCGCAUAAUCUCUUGAACUUGAAUUAUCAGAGAUUAAAUAGACUUACACUGAGAGAUAAAACUGCCACGAGUUCAUCUAUUGAUGAAACCUCGGUUUGCAACUCACCUGGUUCACUUGUAUUUGAAUAUUUGGAGCAAGAACAACCACGCCAUCGACAACCUUUAUAUGAUAAGGUUUCAAGUCUUGCAUCUCAGAAUCCAGAGAUUAGGAUGUACCGGAGCUGUGACCUAUCACCUACAAGUUGGAUUUCUGUGGCAUGGUAUCCAAUUUACAGAAUACCUAUGGGCCCAACCUUACAAAAUUUGGAUGCAUCUUUUUUAACCUUUCAUUCUUUAUCAACACAAGCUAGAAUGAAAAAUCAGCCACAGUUUAAUGAUUUUGGUAGCAGGAAGGUCUAUGGUGCAGAGGCUUCUCUGAAGAUUCCGCUACCUGUUUUUGGUCUUGCUUCCUAUAAAUUGAGAGGUUCAAUUUUGACUCCCAAUGGAUCCAAUGAAUGGAAGCAAGCAAACUCUCUGUUGCAAGAUGCUGAUAACUGGCUUAGGCGUUUGCAUGUUAAUCUUCCUGAUUUCCAGUUCUUUGCUUCACAUAAUUCACGGUGGAGAUGAUAGGGUCAUAAAUUUCCCACGAAAAUGCAAUACCAUAUAGCUGUGAAGUUGAAGGUGAGAGUUUUUUGGAAUGAUACACGUUCAAAUAUGAGAUGCCACUUACUUAGAAACCCUCCGAACAGCUUCAUUUUCAGCCUUUUCAUCCUUAAAGUUGUUUAUGUGUUUUUUCCUAAAAGCAGCAGUGUCCACAAGUGAAAAAUGCAUGUGUUUUUGGGUCCCGUCAAGUGUGGAAAAAUUCUGUAAAACUGCCAGUGCAUGAAGGGAUGUUAGGCACAAGUUGAGCUGUUUUCUCAAGUUCAGGCAGAGGCCGGGGUAGAGGAACUGUGGUCACCAUAUGAGAGCACACAUAAUCUCUCACACAUCAGAAUUGAAUUUUAUGAUGCAAAUAUAUUGCUGAAUCACUGGCCGUUUCAUGUUGUCUUUGUCUCUGUGAUUCUUUCCUGUUCUUAUGUGAUGAUGACGAAAAUUUCAAGCAUCUGUAAUUGUAUUUGCACGUAUGAACCUAUAUAUGCAGCUACCGUUGUUUAAGUAGGCAAUACACACAAUCUGAUUCUGAUGAUUAGAGUA